AUGUGGGACACCCUGCUGGCCACGAGGCAGCGCCGCGUGGUGACGUUCGGCGCCCCGGACUCCAAGGCCCUCGGGCGCUUCUGCUGCAUCGACGGGUCGCCCGACGACCCGACCAGCGCGCCGCGGUCCAUCCUGGAGGCCGUGGUGGUGAAGCAGGUGUCGGCGGGGGACCGGCACGGGGCCGCGCUCGACGCGCAGGGGCAGCUGUACGUGUGGGGCGAGAACGACCAGGGCCAGUUGGGCAUCAAGGAUGUGCCGCCCCCCGGGUUCUCGCCGCGCACGCCGUUCGGGAGCAUGACCAAGGCCCGGGAGCCCGUCGACCUGGAGUGCGCGUACCCGUGCAAGCUGCGAAUGUCGCACACCGUGUCGCUGGUGGCCUGCGGGCACGCGUUCACGCUCGCGGCGCUGACGCGCGGCGGCUUGAUCGGCUGGGGCUGCAACGCCGAGGGGCAGCUGGGGCUGCCGACGAACGUCACGGGGAGCGUGGUGCGCGAGCCCAAGGUGUGUGGCCCGCUGUACGGCAUGGUGUUCACCAGCCUGGCGGCGGCGCGGUCGCACGCGGCCGCCGUGGACGCGGACGGCAAGGUGUGGACGUGGGGCCAGGGCAAGCUCGGGCGGCUCGGGCAGGGCAACGGUCCCGAGGUGCUGCGGCGGGGGGUGCCGCCGGGCAACCCCCUGGGCCCCGUGGCGGAGCGGCGGGCGCGGCAGGUGGCGUGCGGGGGCGCGUGCACGUUCAUCGUCGACGCGGAGGGCUCCGUGUGGUCGUGCGGGUACAACGGGUGCGGCGCGCUGGGCCACUGGGACGGCAAGGACCGCAUGGUGCCCGCGCGCAUCAUCGAGCUCCCGCCGGUGAAGCACGUCGCGGCGGCGGGGGUCGGCAUGGCCGUGACGGUCGACGGGAGGCUGUGGAUGUGGGGCCAGUCGCCGUGGCUUCUCCCGAAGCUCAAGCGCGGGAAGGUCACCGCGCCGCACCCGCCGUACGAGCGCAAGGACCUCCCGCCGGGGCGCGUGGUGCACGCGUCGUGCUCGGGCGAGCACGCCGCGAUCGUGACGGACCGCGGGCACCUCGUCGUGUGGGGCUCGGGGAAGCUCCUCCCGCCGUCGGUCUCCGCGGGUGGCGACGGGCCGCUGUCCAUCGGGGAGACGCUCAAGGACGGCGUGGCGACGGUGUGCUGCGGGUCAACCUUCACCGUCGCGCUCUGCCACCCCUCGAAGUUCAACAUGUCGGCGGAGACGCUCGAGCUCCUGCAGAAGUCCCUCUACGCCUGGUUCGUGCGUUCCAACGAGGACGCGGGGGCCAGGUCGCUGGUGGACGAGGGGACCCCGGAGGAGGUGUUCCGAGACCUCCCCAUGACGCAGGCCGUCUUCACGCUGCUGUGCAAGGAGGCCGGCCUCAUCACGAACGCGACGGGCUACGGCGAGGCCGCGUUCCUCUUCGACUCCGGCACCAAGGAGCUCGAGAGCAACCAGUACGAGAUGGAGGGCAACAAGCGCAUCCUGUUCCCGCAGUUCACGUCGAUCAUGCUCAAGCUUGCGUCACUGAUGUACCACGAGCUCCCGCGGCCCGUGGGCCUCCGCCGGCUGUACCAGGAGCACAUCAGCCGCCUCUCGAAGCGGCCCCCGAGCGGCCCUUCGAGCAUCAUGCGCUCGGCCGUGCACCCGUCGCUGCUGUCGGUGCUGGACCAUGUCUCCCUGAAGGAGAUCGUGCAGCAGUGCUUCGCGUACUCGUCCUUCAUGGCGGGCGACCCCAGCGCGCUGCUGCUCAACGUCCGCGACUCGUCGAAGGCGAUGAAGGACCCGGACGAGGGCCGCUUCGCCAGCGCGCCGCCGCACGUCGUGGGGAGGCUCCUGCGCUCGGCGGGCGUGCUGAGCAACACCAUGCUCGGCAUGGUCGGCGAGCUGACCGAGUUCAUGCAGCUCGCGCCGCUCCUCGGCCCGCGCCCGCCGAACAACGCCCCCAUGGCCGAGGGCUGGUACGUGGAGGCCAUGCUCAUCAUCUUGCUGUUUCCGUACCCGGGCCUGGACAUCCCCGUCGGGGUGGCGCGCGUGAGCGAGGCCGGCGGCGAGGAGCGCGGCGUCGACCUGCCGCUGUUCCAGGACCUGCUCAUUCUGUGUUCGAUCCUGCACCACGUCCAGACGGGCGGCGCGGUGGAGGGCAUCGAGGACGUGGGGGGCAUGUUCUCGUCGCUGGCGCUCGUCGGGGCGGACGAGAAGGAGCGGCAGGCGAUCGAGGCGGGCGACGAGCAGUCGGAGAAGGGGUCGGUGAGCGACCGGGUGUCGUUCGCGGGGAGUGCGCUGAGCGCGCGCGGGGCCACGACGGGCGUGGGCGCGCAGGUGAAGCUGACGGUGUCCAAGCUGCACCGGUGGCGCGACGCGCAGCGCGACCCGGGCGUGGCGGACGGGAAGGGCGUGAAGACGGACGCGAUGCUGGAGGACGAGGUGGACACCAUGUUCCACCUGUUCUGCAUCAUCGACGAGCAGGUCGAGGACGUCUUCAUGGACCGCGACGUGACGCUCGCGUUCUGCAAGGAGGCCAAGCUCAUGGACGCGCGCUUCACCCAGACGCACUUCGACCGCAUCUGGGAACGCAUCGCCGUGCCCCAGGAGUGGCACCCCGCCGCGCGCGCGGCCGGGCAGCCGCGCCCCGCCGUGACCAAGAAGACGCGCCUGGUGCUGUACCGCCCCGAGUUCACGGCGAUCCUGGAGAAGAUCGGGCUGCAGAAGCAGGCGCGGGCGCGCGCGGCGAAGCAGGCCUACCGGCUGCUGGUGAAGCGGCACGUGGUCCCCCUGCGGCAGGCCAAGCUGCGGCGGCUGGACCGCGCGAUCGGCGCGCUGCUGCACCCGGACGUGAACGAGGUGCUGGAGGAGUACGAGCCCGCGCUGAAGGAGACGUACGCGAUCUACAGCAUGAUGGACGAGGAGCUCGGGUGGGACAUCUCGUGGGACCGCAUCGAGGAGGCGGCCGAGUCGAUGUCGAUCCUGGAGCUGACGGCGCUCGCGACGAACUUCAAGCUCGUGCCGACGCUGCUGAGCCAGAAGGAGCUGGACCUGGUGUUCCGGAAGGUCAACUACGGCCCCGGGUCGGACGACGACUUCACGGAGAUGUCGUACGACGAGUUCGUGGACGCGGUGGGGCUGAUCGCGUACCUGGGGUUCAGCAAGGACCCGGAGUUCGCGAAGAAGGGCGCGGCGGACAUGGUCAAGGCGCUGUUCGACAUGAUGAACCUCACGCCGGGCGAGAUCAAGAAGUACGACCCCGACCAGGACCCCUACUACGAGUGGAAGAGCCUCGACAUCGACUACGACGCCGCGGAGCACCUCGGCGGGCACAAGCCCAUCCUCAUCCUCGAGGUCGUCUCCCCGCCGGACGUGUGGUGGCCCGACGACGUCGCGGACGUGCUCGCGGAGGCCCUCAACGCGCACCGCCGCGGAGACUCCUUCGGCGCGCUCCAGCGGUACAAGGAGGCCAUGCACCGCUGGGAGCGCAUCGCCACCAAGAUCAUGCUCACGCUCGACCCCGAGGAGAUGGCGCCCGACCAGGAGAGCGAGGCCGCGCCCGAGGAGGAGGCUCCGCUCAAGUCCGCGCCCAGCCUGGUCGCGUCGACGGCCGUGCCGUCGGUGCCGCCGACGCCCGGGGGGCUCUCGCUCGCUGAGGGACAGCGGAUGACCGUGCCGGGGGGCGUGGUGGACACCCCCGCGCUGCAGGUGCCCCCGGGCACGGCGCAGAGCCGGACCACGGACGCGUCGCCGGUCCCGGAGGGGCCGUCGGAGAGCUGCGCGGAGGAGGGGGGGUCCGGGCGGGAGGGCCACGAGCUGUCCACGUUCCUCGAGUCGCACGCGGAGCCCGAGGAGGAGGAGGGGGAGGCGGAGGGUGCGCCGCUGCAGGCCGUGGCGGCGCUGGACAGCAUCCCGGGCAUCGCGGACACGCUGGCGGCGUGGGACGCGGCGACGCACGCGCUGCGCGGGCCGGUGUACAGCGAGCGGCGGUCGGCGCUGGGGGAGCAGCCGGGCAACACCACGGGGACGACGGUGACGGACGUGAAGCGGCGCAUGCUGACGGAGGUCCGCGUGUACUUCUCGCUGGUCAUGGGGUGCGUGCUGCAGCAGGAGUCGCAGGACCGCGCCGCGCUGGACGUGCUGACGACGGCGGCGAAGGAGGCCGAGUCGCUGCCGGAGCACCACGAGCUGCGCAUGACGGUCCCCAGCAUCGAGGGGUGCUCGUACUACCACCGCGGGCAGAUGCGGCAGGCGUACCGCUCGCUGGUGCAGGCGCGCGUCGAGCGCGCGGGCGCGAAGGACUUCGGCCCGUCGCACCUGCACACGGCGGUGGUGUCGCACAACCUGGGGUGCUGCCUCUCCCGGCUCGGCAAGUACGAGAAGGCGCUCGACCUCCUCACGCAGGCCGAGCAGGUGCUGUCGCGCGAGCUCGGCGCGAACCACCCGCGCGCGGCGCUGGCCCUGCGCAACCUCGCGCAGAUCCGCCAGAUGUACAUGGGCGUGAUGCGCGACAAGGCGGGGCGCGGGGCCGCGGAGGCCGGGGGCGGCGAGGAGGGCGCGGAGGGCGAGGAGGGCGAGGACGAGGGGAAGGAGGGGAAGGAGAGCCGCGCGAAGACGGCGUUCUUCAAGCACCUCCAGAACGGCCCGCGGAAGUACACCGAGGUGGAGCUGAGCAUGGCCGGCGGGGCGCGCGUGCGGCAGCAGCAGCGCGUGGCCGCGUCGUGGAAGCCGCGCUAUGCCAAGGCGUUCCGCCCGACCACGUACGAGCGCAUGAAGGACGACCUCCGCGCCGUGGCCCGCGGCGAGAAGCAGGUCAUGCCCUCGCUGCUGCACCUCCUGCAGCUCAUGGAGUUCGACGUGCCGUACCAGUGGGCGCUCGAGCAGAUCGUGAUGCGCGAGCGCAAGACCAACCGGCUGCGCGAGGAGCGGAUCGAGUUCCACCCGAACAAGGCCGACUUUGCCAACAUGGCCUCCGUGGACCACUUCCUGCGCAACAUGCUCCAGGAGGCGCAGGCCGACGCCGCGGAGGACGAGGACGGCGAGGAGGACGCGGACGGCGAUGCGGGAGACGCGCAGCCGGCCGACUCGCCGCACGGGUCGGCGGCGGACUCCGCGAGGUCGCGCAUCAGGUUCAGGGGGAGCGGCUCGUCGCGCGGCAGCGUCAUGAGCAAGCCCCCAUCGUCCAGGGCGUUCGUCGCGGGGUCCCGGCAGGCGUCCGUCGGGAUGAGGUCGCAGCGCAGCAUGGGCCGCUCGCCGUCCAACGCGGCGAGCCCGAGCACGGCCAGCAAGCGGACGCUCACCCGCCUCGGGUCCCAGCCUGCCAAGUCUGCGCGGUCGAUCAACGUCGCCUCGCUGUCGCUGGAGCGGCCAGCGGCGGCGGCGGCGGCCAAACAUGCGGAGUGA